GCGAAAACUCACAAGGGCGGGAAGAGGAAGUGUUCAUCUGUAGAGAGAAAAUGGCAUCCUUAUUAGCCCCAAAGCCGCACAAGGAGGAGUUGGGGAAUGAAGAAGUAGCAGUAGAAGACGACGACGAGUACGGGGCCAAGGAGGCAGUGCUCCAAAAGUACUUCCUUCAAGAAUGGAAGCUCGUCAAGUCCCUCCUAGACGACAUCGUUUCACACACUCGCGUUUCCGAUCCCUCCGCUCCCCACAAGAUCCGAUCCAUUAUGGACAAGUAUCAAGAGCAGGGACAGUUGGUGGAGCCUUACCUAGAGAGCAUUGUUACCCCACUGACGUUUAUCAUCCGCUCGAAAACAGUUGAAUUAGGAGUGGCUUCGGAUGAAAUACUUGAAGUGAUUAAGCCUAUAUGCAUCAUUAUUUACUCUCUGGUUACUGUUUGUGGGUACAAGGCCGUCGUCAAGUUCUUCCCGCAUCAAGUUUCGGACUCGGAACUUGCUGUGUCUCUCUUGGAGAAGUGCCAUCACACAACUUCAGUGUCGUCAUUGCGUCAGGAAAGUACAGGAGAGAUGGAGGCCAAAUGUGUGAUACUUUUGUGGCUCUCUAUACUUGUGUUGGUACCAUUUGAUAUCUCCACGGUUGAUACUAGCAUUGCGAACAACAGUAAUGUUGGUAAACUUGAGCCGGCUCCGCUGGUAUUGAGAAUUACAGGGAUAUCUAAGGAUCACCUCUCAAAUGCUGGUCCUAUGCGCACCAUAGCUGCUUUGCUGCUCUCAAAGCUUCUAACAUGGCCGGACAUGCCAAUGGCCUUCUCCAGCUUCGUUGAAUGGACACACGAAGUGUUAUCUUCUCUUACAGAUGUCAUGAAUCACUUCCGCUUACUUGGAGCUUUAGAAGCCCUGGCUGCUAUAUUCAAGGCUGGUGAGUGGAAACUGUUGCUGGAUGUGGUUCCUAUUGUCUGGGAUGACAUCUCAUUGUUGAUCAAGUCUAGCUAUGCAGCUCGGAGUCCGUUGCUUCGCAAGUAUCUGAUGAAAUUAACUCAGAGGAUGGGGAUUACUUCCCUCCCUCAUCGUUCACCUUCCUGGCGCCUAUGUAGCACCGACACUUCAAAGGCUGAAGGUAAAACAAACUCACUGGGAGAGAACAUGUUGUUGUCUGCCUCAGGAAAAUCUAGUGAAUGCAAUGAUUCUAUAAAUGCCAAGGAUUUAAACUCAGAACCAUGUUCAAGCUGCUUGGAUGAUGAAGAAAUGGAUGUCCCAGAAAUUGUAGAGGAGAUUAUUGAGAUGUUACUCACUGGAUUGAGAGAUACGGACACUGUUGUACGUUGGUCUGCUGCGAAAGGUAUUGGUCGCACUGCUUCACGUCUUACAGCUGCCCUUUCAGAGGAGGUCCUAUCAUCUGUUUUGGAGCUGUUUUCUCCGGGCGAGGGUGAUGGGUCAUGGCAUGGAGGUUGCUUAGCAUUGGCUGAGUUGGCACGCAGAGGAUUUCUCUUACCUGCCAGCCUUCCCAAAGUUGUACCUGUUGUCAUGAAGGGACUACAUUAUGAUAUUCGAAGAGGUCCACAUGUUGGAUCUCAUGUACGAGAUGCUGCAACUUAUGUUUGUUGGGCUUUUGGCCGUGCAUACUAUCAUACAGAUAUGAAAAAUAUAUUGGAUCAGCUUGCACCACACCUAUUAACAGUGGCCUGCUAUGACCAUGAGGUUAAUUGUAGAAGAGCAGCAGCUGCUGCUUUUCAGGAAAAUGUCGGAAGACAGGGUCGUUACCCUCAUGGAAUUGACAUAGUGAAUACUGCAGACUAGUUUUCACUUUCUUCACGAGCAAACUCAUAUGUUCAUGUUGCUGUCUCUAUUGCUCAAUAUGAGGGAUAUCUUUAUCCCUUUGUGGAUGAGCUGCUGUAUAACAAAAUUUGUCACUGGGAAAAAGGCUUAAGAGAACUUGCUGCUGAGGCUCUUUCUUCUCUUGUUAAAUAUGAUCCGGAAUACUUUGCAAACUAUGCGUUGGAGAAAAUAAUUCCUUGUACUCUUUCAUCUGAUCUUUGCAUGCGCCAUGGAGCGACACUGGCAACUGGAGAACUCGUUUUAGCACUACAUCAAUGUGGUUAUGCUCUUUCCGCUGAUAAACAAAAUCUUGUUGCUGGUGUUGUACCUGCUAUUGAGAAAGCACGCCUUUAUCGUGGAAAAGGUGGAGAAAUGAUGCGUUCAGCAGUUUCCCGUUUCAUAGAAUGCAUAUCUACAUCUUCUGUGUCAUUACCGGAAAAGAUAAAGUGGAGUCUGCUUGAUACUGUAAAUGAGAACUUGAGACAUCCUAAUUCUCAGAUUCAGGAUGCAGCAGUUAAAGCUCUGAAGCACUUUGUGCAAGCAUAUCUAAUUGUUGCAGAUCUUUGAGGUACUAGUAUAAUAUCUAAGUACCUGGAACUCUUGACUGAUCCAAAUGUGGCUGUAAGAAGAGGAUCAGCUUUGGCGAUAGGUGUUUUGCCCUGCAAACUUCUUGCCACUAGGUGGAAGAAUGUGCUUUUGAAGCUUUGUAAUGCUUGUGCAAUUGAGGACAACCCUGAUGAUAGAGAUGCGGAAGCACGAGUAAAUGCAGUCAAAGGGAUUGUUUCAGUCUGUGAAGCAUUAACUCAGGAAAAGGAACAUUCUGGUGUCCCAUUUGUGGAGGAUGACAUGUAUUUGUUCCUUCUCAUCAAGGAUGGAGUAUUGACAGCUUUAUUGAAAGCUCUUAAUGACUAUUCUGUUGAUAACAGAGGUGAUGUGGGUUCUUGGGUACGUGAGGCUGCUAUGGACGGCCUUGAGAGAUGUACAUAUAUCCUGUGCAAGAGAGAUUCUAUUUGUCUGAGUGGAAAAUCAGUUCAAAUCGAUUCUUCCGUUGAGAUAGAGCCCAGUGCUGACAAUAAACAGUUACAUGUGUUGUUUGAUGCAAAUCUUGCUUCCAGUAUAAUUGGGGGAAUAAGUAAGCAAGCUGUAGAGAAGAUGGAUAAGCUGAGAGAAGCAGCUUUGCUACAGAGGAUUUUGUACAAUAAGGUAGCUUACGUCCAACAUAUACCGCACAGGAAAAAGCUGGAAGAACUUGUUCCUAAUGAAGCUGAUUUAAAGUGGGCGGUACCGAACAUUUCAUACCCUCGUUUUGUGCAAUUGCUGCAAUUUGACUGUUAUAGCAGACCAGUGCUAUCGGGGUAUGUCAUCUCGUUGAGGAAGGCAUCACUCACAGCAUUGUUAGAGUAUCUUCAAAUGGUAGACAGUGAAGACCAGAAUGAAAAGUCCAGAGAGUAUGUGCUGUCUAUGGACAUUCUUUGGGUUCUCCAACACUUUAGGAGAUGUGACAGAGUCAUUGUACCUGUAUUGAAGACUAUUGAGAUUCUUUUCAGCAAAAAGAUUUAUUUCAAUUUACAGAUUCAGACAGUGGUUGUCUGUGCUGGUGCUUUGGAUGCUCUGGAAGUUGAAUUAAAAGGAUCGAAGGACUUCUCCAAGCUAUAUGCAGGCAUUGCAAUACUUGGAUAUAUAGCUUCAGUUUCAGAUUUCAUAAAUAGUCGGGCCUUCUCUCAGCUUCUCCGUUUUCUAGGUCAUCGUUACCCUAAGAUACGGAAAGCUUCUGCUGAACAAGUUUACCUUGUUCUCUUGCAAAAUGAGGGUCUUGUGGCUAAAAACAAGCUCGACAAAGCUAUUGACAUUAUUUCAGAAACCUGCUGGGAAGGUGAUACUGAAGCAGCAAAGCUCCAACGGGUUGAGUUAUAUGAGAUGGCUGGUCUUGACACAGAUCUGAUUCGUAAGACUAGUAACAAAGUAUCAACCGGUAACAGGAGUUCAACAAUUACUGAUGAAAAUGCAUCUUAUUCAUCAUUAGUCGACUCAAGUGGGUUCUAAUUGUUUAAACCAAUCCCUCGUUUUAUGCUAGUUGAACCUCUUGCAAUCGCCCUCCUUUCAUACUGUAUGCUUGUAGUUUGUUCGCCUGUGGGUCAAGUUUUGUCCGGAAACCUGCACAUAUCAUAUGUCUGUCAGAGUGCUGUUGUAUUUGUAUAUAGAUUUACUAAACGUCAGCUAGUUUUGGGUAGCGCCGGAGUUUAAAUGCAUGUGAAUGGUGGAAUCUUGUUACAGAAGAAUAUGGCUGCUACUCUUGCUGUCAAUCCCGACCGUGUCAAUUUCGUUGCUGGCUUUAUUUCUAUCCUGAAGUUAUAAAUUGGUAUC